UUACGAGCCGCGUAACGAGUCGCUGACAUAUUCCGUAGGAGCUCACUGGGAUAGCACAAUGGAUUACCAGCGCUACACGAUGAGGGCCGCGAACUUCACCUUUCUUUUCUUCACACUGCUCAUUAUAGUGCUGGUGGCACGUGGUGACCCUGACAUCGAGAACGUCGACAUACACCAGCGAUCACGACGAGCCACCCCCCAGUCAGUCAAUGACCGCCCUUCCUGCAAACCAGGAGCGCCGGUCCCGCCAUCCCGGGUGGAUACGACUGCGCGACUGAGCGCUCUCCGCGGUCGGUUUAGUGGAAUCCACGCCUACAUCGUCCCGUCGGAAGAUGCUCACCAGAGCGAGUAUCCGGCAGCCCACGAUUUACGACGUCAGUACAUAUCCGGCUUCAGUGGAUCAGCAGGCACGGCUGUUAUUCUCGGGAACAAGGCGGCUCUAUGGACGGACGGACGUUACUUUCUGGAGGCAGAGAGUCAGCUCGACUGUAACUGGAUUCUAAUGAAAUCAGGUGUGACGGGAGUUCCCUCCGUGACGGAAUGGCUGACGUCAGAGUUGAAAAAUACGCUCAAUGCCAGAGUAGGAGCUAGCCCGUUCUUCAUGAGUAACUCUAAAUGGAAAACAACCAGUGAUCAACUGUCCGAAGGUGGAGUCACUCUGGUAGAGAAAAAUCCCGACCUUGUCGAUGAUAUUUGGACGUCUGGCCGCCCACCGGCCCCCAGCUCCCCCAUAAAUGCACUGCCCAUCAACUAUGCCGGAAAAUCCUGGCAGGACAAGAUCACAGAACUGCGAGCAGAUAUGACGUCAAAGGGGGCGUAUGCUUUUGUCGUCACCAACCUCGACGAAACUGCCUGGCUGUUCAACCUACGAGCGAGUGAUAUCGAGUUCAAUCCUUUCUUCAUAUCGUAUGCCAUCGUGGAACACAACAAAACACGGUUAUAUCUGUUAAACCACGCUGCCAAGUUAAUUCAAGAACCCACUGACUCCAAGACGACGGUCAAGCUGUUCGGACACCUUAAUACCAACAUGAACGGGGCGUGCACGGGCAAAGUGGGGCAAUGUGUUGAGGUUAAAGAAUAUUCCUCUGACAAUAUUAUCAACGACAUCAUGGCUCUGACAGCAAACAAGAUCUGGAUAAGUCUUCUGUGCAACCAGGCUAUUUUUAACAGCAUUCCACAGGCCCAGCGGAUACAGGCUAAGUCAACCGUAGCUCUAGCCAAAUCCAAGAAGAAUCCUAUCGAACGCCAAGGAAUGAAAAAGGCUUAUAAUCGCGAUUCUGCUGCUCUUAUCAAGUUUCUUCAGUUGUUGGAGAAAGAGGUCAAAGAAGGAAAACACUGGACCGAGGUGACAGCGGCUGCUAAACUGAAGUCGUACAGACUAUCAGUAGAAGACAACCGAGGACUGAGUUUCUCGUCUAUUUCCGCCGUGGGCAGCAACGGCGCCAUCAUCCACUACACGCCGAGCAACCUGACGGACAAACAGAUAACAACCCGUGAGAUAUACCUCCUCGACUCCGGCGGACAGUACCUGGAUGGAACUACAGAUGUAACACGGACGUUUCAUUAUGGCACUCCUACAGCUUACGAAAAGGAAUGCUACACCCUCGUCCUGAUGGGUCACAUAGAUCUAGCCCUACUCAAGUGGCCAAAAGGACUCUAUGGUCGCCAAAUAGAUGCCGUAGCAAGGGCUCCACUUUGGAAGAAUGGUUUGCGGUAUCUGCAUGGUACAGGUCACGGUAUUGGAAUGUAUCUCAGUGUACAUGAAGGUCCAGGCAGAAUCUCUCUCUCCCACGCGCUCAACCCCAGUGACGAACCCCUGGAUGAUGGCAUGUACUUCUCUGAUGAGCCUGGUUACUAUGAAGAUGGAAAAUUUGGAAUUCGUCUGGAGACGGUUGUGAUGGUCAAAAAGGUCGACACAAAGUAUCAGUUUCCCUCAACCACGUUCCUUGGAUUUGACAUCGUCACACUCGUCCCAUACGAACCAAAUCUCAUCAACUACGACAUGCUUAGUGACAGGCAGAUUCAGUGGCUGAAUGACUACCAUAAACGAACCGAGGACGAAAUUGGACCACUGCUAGCCGGAACGCCGGCUUAUGAUUGGAUGAAAUCGAAAACGAAACCAUACGUACGUCCCACUUCCGGCUGCAGCCUACUUAGCCAAUCAACACUGACUGUUCUUUUAAUUGCCGCUGUAGGAAAUAUGGCAUCCAUGUUCAGCUGAACAUCUGUAUUGACCACAAACAAUAAUAUUUGUUAUCUAACUCAGAUAUCUCAUAUCUAACUUGAAUCAUAUCUUUUUGUUUCUUCUCAUGAAAAAAAGGAGAUAGUUUAAAACUAGUUUGAUAAAUAUUUACAGUGAUGUCCUAACUUAGAUGAUAUCUUAUUGUUUCUUUUCAUGAAAACAAGAUAUAGUUUUAAACUAGUUUGAUAGAUAUUUACCAGGCUGUACUAACUUGAAUCAUACAUUAUUGUUUCUUGUCAUGAAAGAAUGAGAUAGUUUUAAAUUAAUUUGAUAGGUAUUUACAGGACUGUAUUAACUUGAAUCAUAUCGUAUUGCUUCUUGUCAUGAAAGAAAGAGAUAGUUUUAAACUAGUUUGAUAGAUAUAUUUACAGUGAUGUACUAACUUUGAUGAUAUCUUAUUGUUUCUUUUCGUGAAAAAAGAGAUAGUUUUAAACUAGUUUGAUAGAUAUUUACCGUGCUGCACUAACUUGAAUCAUAUCUUAUUGUUUCUUGUCAUGAAAGAAAGAUAUAGUUUUAAACUAGUUUGAUAGAUAUUUACAGGACUGUAUUAACAUGGAUCAUAUCGUAUUGCUUCUUCUCAUGAAAGAAAGAGAUGGUAUAUAACUAGUUCGAUAGAUACUUACAGGGCUGUAUUAACUUGGAUCAUAUCGUAUUGCUUCUUGUCAUGAAAGAAAGAGAUAGUUUUAAACUAGUUUGAUAGAUAUAUUUACAGUGAUGUACUAACUUUGAUGAUAUCUUAUUGUUUCUUUUCGUGAAAAAAGAGUUAGUUUUAAACUAGUUUGAUAGAUAUUUACCGUGCUGCACUAACUUGAAUCAUAUCUUAUUGUUUCUUGUCAUGAAAGAAAGAUAUAGUUUUAAACUAGUUUGAUAGAUAUUUACAGGACUGUAUUAACAUGGAUCAUAUCGUAUUGCUUCUUCUCAUGAAAGAAAGAGAUGGUAUAUAACUAGUUCGAUAGAUACUUACAGGGCUGUAUUAACUUGGAUCAUAUCGUAUUGCUUCUUGUCAUGAAAGAAAGAGAUAGUUUUAAACUAGUUUGAUAGAUAUAUUUACAGUGAUGUACUAACUUUGAUGAUAUCUUAUUGUUUCUUUUCGUGAAAAAAGAGUUAGUUUUAAACUAGUUUGAUAGAUAUUUACCGUGCUGCACUAACUUGAAUCAUAUCUUAUUGUUUCUUGUCAUGAAAGAAAGAUAUAGUUUUAAACUAGUUCGAUAGAUACUUACAGGGCUGUGGUUAGUUUGAAACAACUUAAGAUAGGUUAAACACGGCAAAACACGGUAAUAGUAGACAGGGGCCGCGCGGACAAACCGACAGACAAAGCAAUUCUUUAUUUAGUCUCACCUUGAGUACGGAUUAAAAAUAUAGGCCAAUGGCCAUAAUAUAAUAAUAUGACGGUAAAAUCACAGAAGCGACUUCUGUGGAGUUAUGAGAGAUUUUAGAACUAAUAAAAGACUCAGAAAUAUAACAAACAGUUUAGCAUUUAAAAAAUAUAAAAUUACAAACAAAAAAUAAACAAUAACGCCAUGUACGUAUCUAUAUAUGUAGAUGUAGAAUUGUUUAUAUAUGGAGAGGUAGAACUGUUCACAUAUGAGCACUACCGGUGCACUUUAAAAUGAUGUUAAAUUUUAACAUUAUGUCUGUACUUACGAUGUUGAUACAUUUCAAAAUGACAUUUGUACAGCAUUUUAAUGUGUACGAUGGUGUGUAAAAUUUAAUUUUAACACACAUACAUGUACACAAAUGCGCGCGCGCACACAAACACACACACACACACACACGUGUAUAUAUAUAUAUAUAUAUAUAUAUAUAUAUAUAUAUAUAUAUAUAUAUAUAUAUAUCCAUAUAAGAGUUCAUGUUAUCCAGUGCUGGCACAUACACGGUAUCAUGUAUCGCACGGAUGCACGCACGCACGUGUUUUAAUUAAGUUUCAACUUUCAAAAGUUAUCUCAGCAAUGAAAACAAGAGAAAAAAUGUCGAUUGACAUUAUAUCGAUAUAUUGUCAUUCUCAUAGCCAAGACUACUUUAAUAUUAAAAAAUAUUACUUUAUUAUUAAUACAUUUAAGAAAGUACUUGUUUGACACAACGUGUAUAGGCUAAGUCUUGAAUCAAAGUAUUUGAUCACACCAAUAUGAUUUCACGUGACAGUCAGAAUUUUAUCUCAUAUUAUUGAAGCCACAUGAUAGGUCAGAAACAUGACCAAUUAUUCUAAAAUUCCAAAAUCGGACCUGACUAAGCCAAAUCUUGCUGUGAUAAAACGAAAAUCUUAAAACUGCAAAAACAGCAAAAACAACGUCUACACCCAAGGUCGUUUGGCGGACCCGGGUAUAGUGGCAGUGUACCCGCAUGACCCCUAAUCGUUUCUGAUUGUAAAUAUAUAUUUUUUUCUGGUGAUUAUUAUGUAGAUUUUACACCGAGUGUAUUGCAUAGCCAUUCAUUAUUUAUAUUGUAGACAUACGUAUAAUGAGAUUCAUAAACAGAUGAAUGAAAACAUAUUUUACUGCUCAAAGAACAAAAAAGAUUGGACACAAGUUUGCUAACUUAACAACCCUAUCAUAUAUGCAUACUAUAUUUGUUGAGACAAUAUUACGUAAUUGUAUAUUUACAACUCCAUUUAAAUAGUAUAGAUAUGUAACUUAGGAAAAGAAGAAACUAUGUACAAAAUAGUAUUAGAAAAGAAAGUGUGAUGCAAAAAGACAUAAAUGAUAUUGUACGUGUAGUCUAACACUCGUUACCUAACUAAAAAUGAACACGCAUGGCAAUUCAAAUGUCAUUUAUAAAUAUAUGAGUUGAAUAUGUUUGUUGCAUCUUUUCUUAUUCACGGCAUACUAGAAACUAAACGAAUUUGAAUGUUGUCAAAUGAUAUGUAUUUAAUUUAAUUAGUCUAUUCAUAUAAUUUUAAAAAACCUUUUUUUAUAUACAAAAUAAAUGUUUCCAAUUUG